AUGCGGCCCGAAAACGGCGAAGGUCGUUGCCUGAAGUGCGUGUUCGUGGGCAACGCCGCCGUCGGCAAGACCUCACUCAUAGUUUCUUACACAACCAACGGGUACUCGGACAACUACGUUCCCACGGCGUUUGACAACUUUUCCGGUUUCCGCCACCCAAUUAGUUCGCUUAUCACUGUGUGUGUGUUUUUGCAGUGAUUGUACUUGUCGACAAGAAGCCGAUCCGUCUCCAGCUUCACGACACUGCCGGACAGGUCAGAUAAUUGGCCGAUUUAUGGGAAAGAUUUGAAAAGAUUGCAUUCAAGCUGGGCGCCUAGAAAGGGAGUUUCUGACAGGAAUUAAUGAGAAAUAGAGAGUAGUUAUAGUCAAAGGUUAAAUAAGGAAGGAUUUAUGAUUGAGGGGAAAAAAGUUUUUGUCUCAAGUUUCUAUCUGGGAAUUUCGCGGUAUUUUGAUUCCAAAUAGAAAAAAGCUGGGUUUAGAACUAACGAAAAUUGUUUAGAAAAAUGUUUGAAACUAACUGAAAUUGUUGGUAACGCGGGCGACGGGGCCAACCAGAGAUGUGUGAGAAAUUUGAACCGAUGAUCCCGAUUCGUUGGCGUUUUUCAUCUUGGCGUAGGGAACUGAUUGGAUCGUCGUAGUUGCAACGUUGGAACUCUCGGAAAAGCUUCUGAAAAGCGUAUUUUACCGGAAAUUGACGAGAAAUUCAGGGAAAAUAGAAAAUUUUCAAAUUAUACUGUGAUCUGAAUUUUUUUUUGUGAAUAAUUAUCAAAGUUUGAAGUUAUAAUAGUUAUAUUAAGAAGGCUUUAAUCUAGUUAAAAAUGAGAAUGAUUUUCCCAUUUUCUUUAGUUAUAUAAUAAAAUCAUAAAAAAGGUCUCACUUUUUACCGGCAUCAACUAGUUGGAUAAAUACCAAAAAGGCAGCUAAUUGGAACUGGACCAUUGCUAAGAGCAGAGAUGGAAGAAUCAAAUGAGAGAGAAAAUUCGAAGCCGCGAUUGGACCGAAUAAUCAGGGGGUCAACAGUCAACCGAAAAUAACCCCAUCGGUUCGAGAAAUACACACACAAAAGCCGAUUUGACACUUCUCGCUUGUAGAUUCUCUCCAAGACAAAUAUUGUUGCUGACACUCUUGGAAAAGCCUUUUUGGCAGCUUUUCGAGACGAAAGCUUAUAAAAAUGUUCCGUUUAAAACGAAUACGUUGUAAAAAGAAAGCUCUGGAAACUCGAAAUGUUAAAAAAAAAAGCCAAAUUUAUUUCAAAGAAAGGGAAGUUGAGUUAGAGGUGUAUCUUCGUGGAGAUCACUAUAACUAUUUUUUCUCUCAAUGUUCGAAGCUCGACUUUUGAAUUUUCUUCAAUUUUUUCGGCCUCUCGAAUUUAUGGACUCGGUACGAAAGUCAUCACUUAAAAUUAUUUUCAGUCGUCAUUCGACUCACUACGACCUUUGUGUUAUUCUGACGCCGACGUCUUCAUCAUCGUCUACUCGGUUGUCGACGAGAAGUCCUUUGAAGACGUCAGAUUCCAUUGGUGGCCGGAAAUCUCCAAAAGGUCGCCUGGGACCCGAGGUAUAACCUUUUUCAAAUGAGAACGACUAUAGGGUUCUGGAAAGAUUUAGUAGACGUUAAAUUACGAGUUAGACGGUUUUUUAGUUUUUAGCUUGUACUCGUUUCGCAGAGAAAUUAUUGGAGUUUAAAAAAAUCAAUGAUAGAUCCAAUUAAAUUCAGUAAAUUUCUUACUUUUCGGCGGUUUUCUUGAGUUUUUAUUGCACUAAAUUUCUAAUGUCUACUACUAUCUAAUGCAGUGUUUUACUUUCAGAGAAAUUUAAAAUUAUCUCUCACUAUUCAAUAUUUAUUGUUCUUUUUCACUCCCUUACGGCUAUUUUGAACUUUGCGGAAUAAAUUUGAAUAGAUUUAUUUGUUCUGGAUGUGCUAGGGCAACGGUUUGAAGAAUUUGGAGUUCAAGAUCAUUCAAGGUAAGAAAUUUAAAGACCGUGAAUAUUGCUCUUUUUUUUUGAAUAGUUGUUAGGACUUCAAAUGAGUUUCUUUCAACGGAUUUUAUCAGUUUUUCUCGGGAAAUGUUUUUCUAUUUCUUCUCCAUUCACGUAUCAAAACGAGUUUAUUUUUCGAAAUUUCAGUGAUCUUGGUCGGCACACAGACGGACCUCCGAUGGCAAGCCCGACAGUCCGCCGUCUCCAGAACUCGGGCCAAAGUUUUGGCCCAACAAAUGGGCGCCGAACACUUUGAAUGCUCGGCUCUCACUCAACACAAUUUGAAAGAGGUUUUUCUGAAGAAUUUACCAUUGAAAAAAAGAGUCUGAUUAAUUUUUUCCAGAUGUUCGACGCGGCAAUCUUGGCCGGCUUGGAAGGCGAAACGACACGACGAAAUGAAAAACGGAGAACUCAUAGUAAAUCCGCCAAAAUCAAAGAGCGAGUUCAAAGAUUGUUCAAUAUUACCAGAAACCUCAUUUGA